AUGAAGACUUCUCUUCUUGUCGUGCUUGUCAUAGCCCUGUGCACCGAGAGUGCUUUCUCCUUGACAUGUUUCACCUGCAAAGAUGCACCUUCCAAUGUGCAUUGUCUCAGUACAACCACAUGCUCUGACCAUGAGAAGUACUGUCUCACAACCUAUUCUACCACGGGAAUGGGCAGUGACCGUAACCAGCGUAUUACCAAGAGAUGUUCCGCCUUUUGCCCAACAAUUGACCUCAAUAUCGGCAUAGCUGGUGUUGCCACCAGCUGCUGCGAGACCUCCUUGUGCAACAUCAGUGGUGCCAGCAGUGUGAGAACCAGCUACACCAUGAUAGCACUGGGUGUCUUGGCCAGUCUCGCCUGCAUCCUCCGGUUGGGUGUUUAA